AAUCGCAUGUAAAGGUUUCUGAAUGGAUUUAGGAGCUUUGAGUGUGUUGAACAGCUCCAAUGACCUCCAUAAUUUUUCUUCUGUAUGCCUGUGGCCUCGUCAACAAUGCUAUCUUGUUUUUCUGGGUUUAUUUUUCGUGGUCGACGCCUCACAGGCUGAACAGAAUUCUUUUAGUGCAGUUGUCUCUGAACACGUGGAAUAUCAUGGCACAUGCGGCAGUUGAGUUCUCACGGCAACAUUUUUGGAUUGUUUUAGCGAACAGUUUGUCUUUCUUUUCGAAUUACUUACUAGCCACGCUGGUUUUAUCGACAUCAUUGGGAAGAACUAUGGAACAACGCCUCAAGUCUAAAACGAACGUUGCAAUUUUUGUUUUAGUUUCGUCUAUAUUGUUGGUGUACUAUGGGCGUAAAUUUGAACUCUGUCAAACUGGGAACUGUUUUAGUCCACAUCUCGCCAAAACAGACGACGAACUGGCUAUUUUAAAGAGUGAAAUGACAAUGUUUUACGCUCCUUCAACAGUUAUCUUCUUCGGAUCGUGGUAUCGUGUUUUCCGUUCUUGUAAAAGAGCAGCAAAGAAGGAUCGUGCCAAGAACACCAUGAAAGAAUAUAUAAAACGUUACUCUUUCUUACUCUCGGACACUGCUGUCUCGUUGUUUUUACUUUAUGGUUUAAUAGUCAUUGAUGGAAUUUUGUAUUUGAACGAGGACAGUGAUAUCUCUAUGACCAAUCAUUUAUGUCGAAUGAGCUGUCUACAUGCAGAGCUGUUUGUUUUGUUGUCAAUGUUUCCAGUUUACAUGUAUUCUUUUAUGAGUCCAAAUGAUGUAAAACAACCAAGAGAAGAAAUUUUUUGA